UUUAAUUCCUUGUGUUUGAUGUUGAGGAAGAUUUCUAAAAUAAAAUUUGGUUUGUUUUGGUUUUUGUUAAGAAAAAACGAAAUAAACCUUAAUUUUAUUUUAGAAAUCUUCCUCAACAUCAAACACAAGGAAUUAAAAAAUUAAAAAACUUCUUUGGUGAAAAUUUAGGGCAAACGAAUAAUGAAAUGGAACAUCGUCCAUCAUUAUCUCAAUCUCCAUUAUCUCCACAUUCAUCAUCAGGUGGUCAAUCAAAAUCUGGUUCAAUAUUUGAUGGUUCAACUAUUGAUGGAACACUAAAUACUCGAGAAUCAAUUCGAUUAACAACAAUGACUGAUAAUUUAGAAGCAUCAAAAGAAGGAAUACUUUAUUGUAAAACUCUAUUAAAAGAAGGUCGUCGUGCACUUGAUCGUUCAUGGCGUGGAGCAUGGGCUGUGCUUAGACGUGGAGCUUUAUUUCUUGGUAAAGAAAAAAAACAUGGAUUAUUAAUUCCACUUUCAUGUGAUUCAUUUCCAAUUAAUCUUCAAAAUGCUGAUGUUGAAUUAGCAAGUGAUUAUAUUAAAAAACCAAGAGUUUUUAAAGUAACAACAGCAAAUCAAAGUGAAUUUUUAUUUCAAGCACCAGAUAUACAAUCUUUAAAUGAAUGGUUAGAUCUUAUUAAUGAACAUUCUCUUAAUAAUUAUUUAGGACAAGAUAAUCAACAAACUACUGACAAUAUUAAAGAUAAAAAACACAGAAAAAGUACUGCUUCAUUACCACCUAUUGCACCUACUCAUCAUGAUCAAGAGUAA